AUGCUGCUACCGUGCUGGCUGAUUGUAGACGGUACUGAUCCCACAACGGCAGUAUUGUACACAGCAGGAGCUAACCAACUAGGAUGCGUUAUAAAAUCGUUUUCUCAAGUAAAUGAAGUAGUGAAGAAUUGCACUGACGUAAUCGUCGAAGAUCUGAAAGUACCAAGUGGAGUGAGUUUGGAAUUGCAUCUUCUAAACAAUGCGAGUUUGACUUUUAGAGGAAACACCUCAUUCGGAUACGAGAAAGAUUGGACAGGGUUCUUGUUGUCCAUUAAAGGAAGUGGAUUGACGAUUCGAGGAGCACCUGAUUCUAUACUAGACGGUCAAGGGAUAUAUUUCUGGAAAAGAAAGGGCAAAAGCAAGCCCAAGUUCCUAAGAAUAGAAGCCCGGAACUCGACUUUUACUAACAUAUCCCUGCUGAAUUGCCCUAUUCAUUGUGUAAGUAUAACCAACUCCAGUAGUCUCGAGCUCGACGCGUUCCACGUCAACGUUUCCGCUGGGAAUAUUCACAAAAUCGCUCAUAACACCGACGGCUUCGACAUCUCCGAAUCGACCAACAUCAUCAUCUCCAACAGCACCGUCGUGAACCAGGAUGAUUGCAUAGCCGUAAAUUCCGGCAGCGACAUGUACUUCACCAGAAUGGUAUGUUCGGGAGGCCACGGACUCAGCUUAUCGGUCGGCUUGAACGCCACCGACUCGUCCAAAAACGAGCUGUCGAACAUAACGUUUCACGAUUCCGUCGUGAAGAGAUCUCGUAACGGUAUCCACUUCAAAACGCACAAAGACGGAGCCAAAGGCUUCGCUAGGAAUGUAACGUACAGUGACAUUCGUUUUAUAGACAUAUACAGGUAUGGGGUGAAUGUUCAACAAAAUUAUGGCAGGACCGGUGGAACAGGAGAACCGAGUAAUAACAUAUUAAUUGAAGCUGCCUAUGCAGCGGCAACUCCUUUGGAUGAUGUCAAGAACGUCGGUGAUGAUUGUGUAAUAACGCAGUUCGAGCAAGUGGAAAGUGUUAUUAAAAAUAAAGCCUGUACAAAUAUUGUCGUGGAUAAUCUUUCGGUACCAUCAGGAGAGGAACUGCAAUUGCACUUAAAAAACCAUACCACAUUAACGUUUAAAGGUACGAUCUCAUUUGGUUACGAGAAAGAAUGGGAAGGUCCAAUGAUUCGCAUACAAGGAAAUUAUCUUACUGUCAAUGGCGCCGGGGCUACGCUAGAUGGUCAAGGUGCCCAUUAUUGGGACGGAAAAGGAGGCAAAGGUACCAAAAAACCCAAAUUUCUUAGAAUUCAAGCGAAAUUCUCCACGGUAAGCAACAUGCACCUCUUGAACUGCCCCAAACAAUGCACAUCGAUUCUCAACAGCGAAGAUGUGACGGUCGACGGGUGGAACAUAGACGUAUCUGCAGGUGAUAAGGACCUGUUGGGCCACAACACCGACGGUUUCGACAUUUCCAGAUCGAGCAACAUAGUAGUCAAAAACUCUGUCGUCAAAAACCAAGAUGACUGCGUUGUCGUCGAUUCGGGCUCGGACAUGCUCGUCGAUAACAUGGAGUGUUCCGGCGGUCACGGUUUGAGUUUAUCUGUAGGAGUCAGCACGAGUGCUUCAUUUAAAAAUCAAGUGUCCAACGUGACAUUCAGCAACUCCGUUGUUAAGAAUUCCCGCUACGGCAUCCACAUCAAGACGCACACCAACGGAGCGCCGGGACACAUCAACGACGUCACCUACAGUAACAUAGAAUUCCAGGAUUUGACCAACUAUGGAGUCAAUCUUCAGGAGGAUUACAGGAGCGGCCAUUCCACCGGCACGCCGGUGGGCAACAUCCCCGUUAACGGAUUGACGUUGACCAAUGUUCGCGGAACCAUGAAUGGUCCGGAGAGCCAAUCUGUGUACGUUCUUUGCGGAGACAAGGGCUGCGAAAACUUCAACUGGUCCGGAGUAUCCAUUACUGGCGCCAAGAAUGUAGCUUGUGCUACAGCAAGCCCAUUGUUUAACGAAACGAACGUUGGCGCUAAUUGUGUUAUUACACAGUUCAGCCAAGUGGAUAGUGUAACUAAAAGCUGUAAUAACAUCGUCGUGCAAAAUCUCGCCGUACCAGCAGGAAAACAAUUGUUAUUGAACCUGAAAUCAGGAACCACACUAACCUUCAAAGGUACGACAUCGUUUGGAUAUGGAGUGCAUUGGGAAGGACCAAUGGUUCUCAUCAAAGGAGAUCAUUUAAAAGUAGACGGAUCUGGAGCAACGUUAGACGGCCAAGGUGCUCAUUACUGGGAUGGUAAAGGAGAUUCUGGUAACAAUAAACCUAAAUUCUUUAGAGUCCAAGCUCAAUCUUCCACAUUCUCCAACAUUCAUCUCUUGAAUUGUCCAAAACAAUGUACAUCGGUUCUCAACAGCAAUUCUGUAACGCUGGACAAAUGGAACAUCGACGUAUCCGCAGGUGACAAAAACAAAUUAGGACACAACACCGAUGGAUUCGAUGUAUCCGCAUCGAGCGGUGUAACUAUCAAGAACUCUGUAGUCAAGAAUCAAGAUGACUGUGUUGCCCUUAACUCUGGUUCGAACAUCCAUAUUGACAAUUUGGUUUGCUCCGGUGGUCACGGAUUGAGUAUAUCAGUAGGAGUCAGCAAGACUGAUUCCACCAAAAAUCAACUGUCCGAUGUGACAUUUAGCAACUCUGUUGUUAAGAAUUCCCGCAAUGGUAUCCACAUCAAAACGCACACUGAUGGUGCACGUGGUUUCAUGAAAGACAUUACCUAUUCCAACAUUCAAUUUGAGGGUUUGACCAACUAUGGAAUCAAUGUUCAGCAGAAUUACAAAGAUGGCAAGUCCACUCCUACCCCGUUGGGUAACAUACCCAUACAUGGUUUAAGAUUGAACAACAUUCACGGAAGCAUGAACGGCGCGGCUUGCGCUACUGCAACCCCAUUGUACAACGAAACAAACGUGGGUGCAAAUUGUGUUAUUACAAAAUAUAGCCAGGUAAAUGAUGUUGUCAAAAGUUGCAGUAAUAUCGUCGUGGAAAAUCUCGCUGUACCAGCUGGAAAACAAUUAUUAUUGAGACUGAAAUCAGGAACCACUCUAACUUUCAAAGGUACGGUAUCCUUUGGAUAUGGAGUACAAUGGGAAGGACCAAUGGUUCUCAUCGAAGGAGAUCAUUUAAAAGUAGACGGAUCUGGAGCAACGUUAGACGGCCAAGGGGCUCAUUACUGGGAUGGAAAAGGAGAUUCUGGUAGCAAUAAACCUAAAUUCUUUAGAAUAGAAGCAAAAUCUUCCACGUUUUCCAACAUUCAUCUCUUGAAUUGUCCCAAACAAUGUACAUCGGUUCUCAACAGCAAUUCUGUAACGCUGGACAAAUGGAACAUCGACGUAUCCGCUGGUGACAGAAACAAUUUAGGACACAACACUGAUGGAUUCGAUGUAUCCGCAUCGAGCGGUGUAACUGUCAAGAACUCUGUGGUCAAGAAUCAAGAUGACUGUGUUGCCCUUAACUCUGGUUCGAACAUCCAUAUUGACAAUUUGGUUUGCUCCGGUGGUCACGGAUUGAGUAUAUCAGUAGGAGUCAGCAAGACUGAUUCCAGCAAAAAUCAAUUGUCCGAUGUGACAUUCAGCAACUCUGUUGUUAAGAAUUCCCGCAAUGGCAUCCACGUCAAAACGCACACUGAUGGCGCACGUGGUUUCAUGAAAGACAUUACCUAUUCUAACAUUCAAUUUGAGGGUUUGACCAACUAUGGAGUCAAUGUUCAGCAGGAUUACAAAAAUGGCAAGUCCACUGGUACCCCCUCAGGUAACAUACCCAUCCAUGGUUUAAGAUUGAACAACGUCCACGGAACCAUGAACGGCGGUAGUUCCGAAGCUGUGUACAUCCUUUGUGGAAGCAAUGGUUGCGACAACUUUAAUUGGUCAGGAGUCUCUAUCUCCGGGUCCCACGAGGAUAGUCAUUGCAAUUACAAACCAUCUGGAUUCUCUUGUUAAUAUAUGCUAUGUUAGCGUUCUCUAUUUUUUACAAAUAAAUUCAAAAUGUAUAUGACAU